CGUCAUGGGGUCUAUAUGAACGGCGUGCGCCAGAGCGGGAGCAGAGAGAAGCGCUCAGCCGCAGAGACACAAGAGACACAAGAGAGCCCAAGCAUCUGGGACAUUACCGUAACACGCACGCGCCCACAGCGGACUCACAGCCACACGGGAAAGUUUGGAGCCAUGCAGUCAGUGUACCAGCACCUCGUGAGCCUGCUCUUCGUCUUCAGCAGCCUGCAGCUACAGCUCGCGGACGGCUGCUCGUGCGCGCUCACGCACCCGCAGGACGCGUAUUGUAACUCCGACAUCGUGAUCCGAGCCAAAGUGGUGGGCAAGAAGCUGCUCCGAGAUGGGCCUUUUGGAACCAUGAGAUACACAGUCAAACAGAUGAAGAUGUACAAAGGCUUUGAAAAGGUCCAGCACGUGCAGCACAUUUACACAGACGCCUCAGAGAGUUUGUGUGGAGUCAAGUUUGACAUCAACAAAUACCAGUAUCUCUCAUCAGGACGUGUGUACGACGGAAAAAUCUACACUGGACUGUGUAACUUCAACGAGAGAUAGAGACUGUCUCUGGCACAGAAGAAAGGAAUCAACCACCGCUACCAGCUGGGAUGCAACUGCAGGAUCAAACCGUGCCACUACCUUCCCUGCUUCGUCACAUCCAAGAACGAAUGCCUUUGGACUGACAUGCUGUCCCAUUUCGGUUACCCGGGUUACCAGUCGAGACACUACGCCUGCAUCCAGCAAAAGGAGGGCUACUGCAGCUGGUACCGGGGCAUGACCUCCCGCGACAAAACCACCAUCAACGCCACCGACCCGUGAACCUGAACGCACCGCGAGCUUGAACGCACCACGAUCCACUGCCACCUCCCCAAACCCUAACCCCCAAAACUUAAAAAAAAAAAGAGUAUUACUGGACUACUUUACUCGCUGUAUGUGAGUAUCCUUUGACUGGGCACAAAGGAAAAAUAACGCACCAAUCAUGACAGUGCCUGUUAAAUAGCACUUCUGAACAUUCAAAACAUUAUAAUAUUGUUCAAAUAACUUUCGCCAAAUCUCGAAAAUCAGUAUUUUUGCCCUUUUGUGACAGAUAAAGUAUUAUGGGACUUUGUAUGAAUGGGAAAGUAUAGUAUAGUAUAUAAAAUGUCUGCUGCUCUGUAAUUGGCAUGUAUGGAGAAUAAGCUAGCUAGUACAAUGAACUAUAUGCAUUUGAAUAGUGAUCCAAACCACUUUUUGACAACAUAACAAUUACUAGUAAGUACUUCCUGAUUCUGUAUACAGCUUCAGUCUACAGCAAUAUCAAAAAGGUACCAGCAACAUUAUAAAAAUCAAUCAUUUAACUUAUAAUUACGGCCUUGGAGAGACAAACUUACAAAUGCAUAUGCCUGGUUUUCAUGUAUUUCUAAUUCUUACUUCAUAGAUUUAUACCAGUUUCAGUUUGUGUAGAAAAGUUAAAAAGGAAAGUUGAGAAUUACAGAAAGUAGUGGUUCCAUCCAAAAAAUGCAGGUAGGGAUGUAACGAUAACCGAAAUAUCGUGAUAUCACAAUAAUAUCGUGGACCGUCUCAAUAUAUCGAAUUACAAGUCUCUUUGCUUAAAUUAAGAGUUACGAUGCAGCAAAAGACAGAGGGAACUACAUAGACCAUGAUCCUUUGCUCCAUUUCAGUGUAGACUACAAGAAGAAAUAAAAUUUCUAAUCAAUUUUAAGUCUUAGAUCUUUGGAUUAAGUCUUGUCAAGGCAUUUUUAGAUAAAGUCGCAUAUUAACAGUUUUAACAAAUAUUGUACUGUGAGAUGUAUAUCGUGAAAAUAUCGUAUGAGAUUUGGAUAUUGUUACAUCCCUAAUCAUGAGCCUCCCCACCAUAUCAUGAGCUUUCCCAUGAUAUCGCAAUAAAUAUCGUACCGUGAGGUUCAUACAGUGACGAUAUCGUAUCGUGAGACUUGAAUAUCGUUACACCCCUAAUAUUUAUAUGAAAGAAAAAAGUUAAACAUCACCAAAAUUGUCAAAAUACAGAACAACUAAGCAAGAUUCUUUUGUGAAAUCUGAAAUACAACAUAAUAACUAAUAGUAAUUUGACUUUGUCUUAAUAAACCGGUCAUAUGCAUUUAAAGUAUCUACUAUUUGACAGCAGCAUAACAUGGAAAAACCGCAACACUGUUCUUAAAUAAUAGUAAACCUUAAAACAGCCUCAAAAAGUACAUAUAAAAACACAUGCACUAUGAUGAUAAUGUAAUUUUCAAAACCAAACUACCACUAGAAACUGCAGUUUGGGUGAAAGGCAAGAGCAAAGUACUCAGAUAGUAUAACUACAACAUAUAUAUAUAAAAUGCAAUACAAAUGAUUUUACUGUGGACAAAAUAUAGUGCCAACAGUCGAUAAAGGUGCACUGUGUAACUUUUCUGGCGGAGGGUCCCAUAUCUUGUCUCCAUGGUGAUGUUAUCGCUUCGCCUGGGAUGUUCCGCAGCGGCAUUAAACAAAUAUAUCCGGAUGUUUUUUAUUUUUCAAAACUGCCGCAAAAACAUGCAUUAUUAUUGUGAGCUGGUCCACUUCUCCGCAGACCUGACCUGUAACUUGGCCUGAUGAUGUGACCUGCUCGUCUCCAUGGAAAUAGUUAAAUUAAAUGCCAUACGGUUGAUCAGAAGUGUCAAACUCAAAUUCAAAGAGGGCCAAAAUAAAAAAAACUGGGACUAAGUCGAGGGUCAAACAAAAAAAUUUCAACAGCAUCUGCAUGUUUUCUCAUCUAGAUUUGUAAAGUUAAACCUUUUCUUAUUAAAAUAAAUGUUUUAAUAAUAUUUUUGCUUAAACACUGAAUCCAGAACAAGCAUAAUAUAAAAUAAUAACAACAUUUUAAAUAAAUAAUGUCACUAUAUAUGAUCUCACGGGCCAAAUUGCCUGAGUUUGACAUGUCUGCUGUAGAUCAUUUCAACAAAAAACAAACAACAACGUGGAGUCGAAGUGGCGUACGCUCUACCGGAAAAGUUACACAGUGAAUCUUUAAAUCUCCUUAUGAAGCAACGGGACACGGCGUUCGAUUGGUGUCAGAAAUGUUACCAUGUAUUUACUGUAGCAUGUGUCUUUACAAUGGGAGCUUUGAAUGUGUGAGUGGAAGACAAUGCUUUGCUGUCUGUUACCAUGGAGAUGCAUGCAGCGAGGCAAUAGGCCCCUGCAUUGAUAAUGAUAUUUUAUGCUGUAAAUAAUAUAAGCUAUAUAUUAUAACUUGGCUGAAACCUCUGUAACUGGUGCGUAGAUUUGUCACGUUUAAAGAGCCCAUAUUACUCUGCUUUCUGAUCUGUGUUAUAAUGUUGUUUCCUCGCCAAAAAAACAUACUUGGCGUUGCGUUUUGUUUCGUUCACACACGUUUAACGUUGCGUAUUUAGGCUCGGUUCUUCUCUCUAAGAGAAAACACCUUGUUCCACCUUGUGAUGUCAUGUGGCAAUACAGGAAGUGCUCCGUUGUUUGCUUUUAAACUCCAUGCACACCUUCACGAGAAUUCACUUGGAUGAUUUCCGCUCUGGAAUUGCCCAUUUCUACUACGCAAAAAGUAAAAGGUAGAUUAAAAACUACCACUUGAUGACAUCGCAAGGCGGAACAGAGCAUUUUGAGCUUUGGAGACGUAGACAGACUGACUGAUAAUGCAGGAUUUCGCAAACACGUGUGAAUGAAAACAAACAAAACAACUCCAGAUGUUGUUUUUUAAGGCGGUAACGGUAUUACAACACGGCUUAAAGUUCACAAGAGUCCAUUUUGCGUAAUAUAGGACCUUUAAAAUGUUCAAAACAAAAUAAAAUCAGCUACAGUACUCCAUGAAGGACAAAAAACUUCACAGCACUGCCAAUGUUAGUGUAAUUUUUGCAUUGCCGUCCAUUGAAAGCCGUCCAGUCUCUACAGAGGUUUCACACAUUAAGAUAUUUUGUAAGUGUAUAUUAUUCAAUCUUUUUGUAUUUAACUAUUUGAAAUGGACAUUAUAAUAUAUACUGUAUAUGAAUGAAAGUAACAAUAUUGAAACUAAAUCCAUUUUCAUUUCACCUGUUUUUAUGGUUAUCCCAUCAAUGCAGUACCUUCAAUUCAUUCCAUAAAGGACACAGUACAUGCCACAGAUUGGAUUAAUUGGUCUUGUCAAUUUGGGAAUAUUAUAUGAGAAUAUUUCUUUAAAUGGAAAAAAAAAACAAAAAACUACUCACCAGCAAAGUAUUAAAACAUAACUUUGUGAGAUGAAAUUUUAAAUAAAAGUUGUUUCAGAGGGUCAAAACUCACAUUUAAAAUACAAAGUAGUGGUCAAAAAUGAUGAGAAUGCAUAAUUUGACCCAAUUAAUAAUAAAUAAUUUGUUAAAAUAUCCAAAACUAUGGAGAAGUCCAAAAUUUGAGUUAAAAUUGCUUGUGCGGUUGAUUAUUGCUAUAUGCAGUAUGUAGUAAUGGUAAAUAUAAUAUAAACAUUGAAAGUAAUUUUAGUAACAACACAAAUAUACAGUUGCAUUUACAAGCAAAACAGCCAAAAUUAUUUCAGAAUCAUUGAAAACAGUGUACCCACAAUUUGCAAAUGUGUAAAAAUACACUUCAAAACAUAAAAAAAUUACAAUAUAUGGUUUGUUAUUGGGCCUAUUUCUUCAUCUGUGUCAUUACUGUGUCUUUCUCUGUGGUUCAUUCUUUUGUAAAUACUCUGCUCAGAAACUCUUGGUCAAAUUCUUAAAGAAAUCUGGGGGGCUGUUUUGUUGUAGGGGUUAGAGAGAUGUACGACUUAAUUUCUGUUUUAUAUUUUUAUAAUAAAGAGUUAAUAAAAAGCGGA